AAGACAUUGUCACGAUCUGGGUUUUGUUUCUUGUUGUUGCCUUGUUUUAUUUUGGUUCCUGGUUCCAUUUUCGGUUUUAUUUUGGUAGCACUCCCGGUUUCUGUUUCUGUUCCCGCUUUACUUCCUGUUUACCCGUUGUCACAGCUGUUUCCCUGUCAGUACCGGUUUUCAUUACACACACCUGUUUAGUAUCAGUCAUCCAGUCACGUUGUAUUUAACCACCACCUGUGUCCUCAGUUCCCCGCCAGAUCGUUGUUUGUGUGUGACCGUUGUUCCCAGCUCGUUGAUCCUGUCCGGCCGUGUUUGUGUGUGACCGUUGUUCCCAGCUCGUUGAUCCUGUCCGGCCGUGUUUUGUGUGUUCCUACCGUAGUUUCGUUCGCUGACCUAGUCCCGCUGUAUACCGUGUAUCCUGUGUUGUUCGUUCACUCUGAGCCUGUCUCAUCCCUGCCUGCCACGUCGUUCUGGAUUAUCUACCGUUGUGACCUGAGUUUUUUUGGAAUUAAAUAACCCUUCAUCGCAUCUCCUUGCCUCACGUCUCGUCGCUGUGCAUGUGGGUCCUCAUCUGUGCGAUUCGUGACAGAACGAUCUGGCCAAACUUGGACCCAGCCAGCGCCAACCAGGUCUGUACGAGUUUUUUGUCCCUUGUUUUUUCCCCGGUUUUUCCCUCUGUUCGUCGGCUCCGCGUCUAACCCCGUACCGGAGCGAUGGAGUUUAUUCCACCGGGCUUACCGGCGGACUUCCGCGGGGAUCUCGAGAUGUUGGCCAGGGAAUACGCGGAAGCGCCCAGCCUUACGGCCCAGCUCCGGACAGUCAAUCUAGCCAUCGAGAUCCUGGAGGAUGAAUACUGGUGGCGUGAGUACCCCGGAGUGCAGGCGUUUUUCGAUAGACUCCGGCUAAUGCGGAGAAACCUGACACGCGCACGGCGCGCACCAGCUGGCCGCGGCUCCGCCUCCGCUCUGGUCGCCGCUUCGGCGGUUCGCGUCUCCAGCUCAGCCUCCAACCCAGUCCUGCUCUGUUCAGUCCCAGUCCAGUCGUGCUCUGUUCAGUCUCCAGUCCAGUCGUGCUCUGUUCAGUCUCCAGUCCAGCCGAGCCCAGUUCAGUCUCCAGUCCAGCCGAGCCCAGUUCAGUCUCCAGUCCAGCCGAGCCCAGUUCAGUCUCCAGUCCAGCCGAGCCCAGUUCAGUCUCCAGUCCAGCCGAGCCCAGUUCAGUCUCCAGUCCAGCCGAGCCCAGUUCAGUCUCCAGUCCAGCCGAGCCCAGUUCAGUCUCCAGUCCAGCCGAGCCCAGUUCAGUCUCCAGUCCAGCCGCGAGCCGUUCAGUCUCCAGUCCAGCCGCGAGCCGUUCAGUCUCCAGUCCCGCCGCGAGCCGUUCAGUCUCCAGUCCAGCCGCGAGCCGUUCAGUCUCCAGUCCCGCCGCGAGCCGUUCAGUCUCCAGUCCAGCCGCGAGCUGUUCAGUCUCCAGCCCAGCCGCGAGCUGUUCAGUCUCCAGCCCAGCCGCGAGCUGUUCAGUCUCCAGCCCAGCCGCGAGCUGUUCAGUCUCCAGCCCAGCCGCGAGCUGUUCAGUCUCCAGCCCAGCCGCGAGCUGUUCAGUCUCCAGCCCAGCCGCGAGCUGUUCAGUCUCCAGCCCAGCCGCGAGCUGUUCAAUCUCCAGCCCAGCCGCGAGCUGUUCAAUCUCCAGCCCAGCCGCGAGCUGUUCAAUCUCCAGUCCAGCCGCGAGCUGCCCAGUCUCCAGUCCAGCCGCGAGCUGCCCAGUCUCCAGUCCAGCCGCGAGCUGCCCAGUCGAGUUCUGCCCAGGUUCCAGUCCAGUCGAGUCACGUUCCUGUCCAGGUUCCAGUACAGUCGAGUCACGUUCCUGCCCAGGUUCCAGUUCAGCCGAGUCACGUUCCUGUCCCGGUUCCAGUUCAGUCGAGUCACGUUCCUGUCCAGGUUCCAGUUCAGUCCAGUCACGUUCCUGUCCCAGUUCAGUCCAGUCACGCGCAGGUCGUGUCCCGACCAGAGGGCACCACCUGUCGACCGGGUGCUAGGCACACCCGAUCAGGCCCGACGUCUCCUCCGUCGAGCUCGGCAGCUGUAAGCAGUCGUGCCGGCUCCGGAGGGGACGCCGUCCCAGUUCCUGUCGGCCAUGUCGAGGUCGUUCCAGUUCCUGUCGGCCAUGUCGAGGUCGUUCCAGUUCCUGUCGGCCAUGUCGAGGUCGUUCCAGUUCCUGUCGGCCAUGUCGAGGUCGUUCCAGUUCCUGUCCCUGUCGGCCAUGUCGAGGUCGUUCCAGUUCCUGUCCCUGCCGACCAAAUUGAGGUCGUUCCAGUUCCUGUCCCUGUCGACCAAAUUGAGGUCGUUCCAGUUCCUGUUCCUGUCGGCCAUGUUGAGGUCGUUCCUGUCCCUGUCGACCAAAUUAAGGUCGUUCCAGUUCCUGUCCCUGUCGACCAAGUUGAGGUCGUUCCAGUUCCUGUCCCUGUCGACCAAGUUGAGGGCGUUCCCGUAGGCCAAGUAGAGGGCGUUCCCGUAGGCCAAGUAGAGGGCGUUCCCGUAGGCCAAGUAGAGGUCACCCCUGUCUCUGACCCCGUUCCUGUCGACCCUGUAGCGGUCGUUCCAGUCCCCGUCACCCUUGGAGCCGCAGCGCCCGCCGGCCUCCAGGAGGAGGCAGCCCCUGCGGCAGUUCCUGCGCACCUCCAGGAGGAGGUCGCGCCAGUCGCAGUUCCUGCGCACCUCCAGGAGGAGGUCGCGCCAGUCGCAGUUCCUGCGCACCUCCAGGAGGAGAUCGCGCCAGUCGCAGUUCCUGCGCACCUCCAGGAGGAGAUCGCGCCAGUCGCAGUUCCUGCGCACCUCCAGGAGGAGGUCGCGCCAGUCGCAGUUCCUGCGCACCUCCAGGAGGAGGUCGCGCCAGUCGCAGUUCCUGCGCACCUCCAGGAGGAGGUCGCGCCAGUCGCAGUUCCUGCGCACCUCCAGGAGGGGGUCGCGCCAGUCGCAGUUCCUGCGCACCUCCAGGAGGGGGUCGCGCCCGUCGCGGCUCCGGCCGCACCUGCAUCGGUUCCUGGCGGCUCGGCUCCGGCCGCACCUGCAUCGGUUCCUGGCGGCUCGGCUCCGGCCGCACCUGCAUCGGUUCCUGGCGGCUCGGCUCCGGCCGCACCUGCAUCGGUUCCUGGCGGCUCGGCUCCGGCCGCACCUGCAUCGGUUCCUGGCGGCUCGGCUCCGGCCGCACCUGCAUCGGUUCCUGGCGGCCCGGCUCCGGCCGCAUCUGUACCUGCGUCUCGUCGCAGAGGUCCAAGGAGGACGUCUCCACGUCUGUCUUCGUCUCUGGUUCCUGUCUCGUCUCGGUCUCGGCUGCCGGACUGGUGGCCUCGCCCUCGGCGCUUCCGGCCGUUUGGAUGGCGCUGCCUCCUGCGGCGACGUCCGCCUCGACCCCUCGGUCUCCAGGAUCAGCGUCCGCCUGGAGGACAUCGCCGGUCGGGGGGGUCCCCGUGGACGCUGGCCCAGCCCAAGGGCACUGGGGGUGCCCCCCUGCCUCAGUGGCGGUUGAGCAGGAUCUCGCCGCGUCCCCACCCUCCGUGAGGGACUCCCUGGACUCUGUGUUUUACCUGGUCGUGGACUUUGUUUUUGUCUUGUGAACUUUCAUGUUGGUUUUUCUUGAUUAUGGGACUCGUUCUGGUUUUGUUUUUCGGGUGGGUCCUCUGGUCUGUCGUGUACGGGCGUGCGUUUUUGCUUUGAUGGGGGUUCCCGUUUUUGCCCUCCGCCGGUCCUCCCUCCGCCCGCCCUGCUCGGUUUUUUUCUUUGGUCGUCUGGAAUCCGCCCUUGGGAGGGGGGUACUGUCACGAUCUGGGUUUUGUUUCUUGUUGUUGCCUUGUUUUAUUUUGGUUCCUGGUUCCAUUUUCGGUUUUAUUUUGGUAGCACUCCCGGUUUCUGUUUCUGUUCCCGCUUUACUUCCUGUUUACCCGUUGUCACAGCUGUUUCCCUGUCAGUACCGGUUUUCAUUACACACACCUGUUUAGUAUCAGUCAUCCAGUCACGUUGUAUUUAACCACCACCUGUGUCCUCAGUUCCCCGCCAGAUCGUUGUUUGUGUGUGACCGUUGUUCCCAGCUCGUUGAUCCUGUCCGGCCGUGUUUGUGUGUGACCGUUGUUCCCAGCUCGUUGAUCCUGUCCGGCCGUGUUUUGUGUGUUCCUACCGUAGUUUCGUUCGCUGACCUAGUCCCGCUGUAUACCGUGUAUCCUGUGUUGUUCGUUCACUCUGAGCCUGUCUCAUCCCUGCCUGCCACGUCGUUCUGGAUUAUCUACCGUUGUGACCUGAGUUUUUUUGGAAUUAAAUAACCCUUCAUCGCA